AUGGCUUCUCAGGCCAUUGGCAAUGACGAUGACGAUGACGAUGACGAUGAUCUUGAGUUCCGUUUCACUCAGCCACCAAAUUCACCUUCUUCUCUGUCCGGCAAUGGAGAGCAUGAACUCCUUAAGCUUGGCCCUCGACAACCUCAAGCUCUGAUCCUCUGUGCCCGACUCUACAACUUCCGCAGGAUUCGUCGUCCUACGAUUCCUUGUUGUCGUCGUCUUGAUCCGCCAUUUGAAAACGAGCCACGACUUUUGAGUUUGUACCAGGUGGGAACUGUUAAGAUUUCAGAGGGACGGACCCUUGGCCCACAACUAGCAACAUCGAUAUUGUCCCCAACUUAA